UCGCUCGGUCACGCGUCUCCCCCGCGCGCGUCUCUCGCGUGUUUCCUGCGUUCCGCCGCCGUUGUCGCUACCGUCGUUGUCGUUGUCGUCCGUCGCCGUCGCCGUGCGGCCGUAGCGCUCUCGCGGCAGUCGCGGUCGCCUGCGAUGAGUUUAGUUUUGAAAACAAAGGGCCGCCCGCCGCUUACCGUGGUGCGUCGUCGUCAUCGCCGUCACACGGCUCGCGCGUAAAAAAAACGGAAGCGCUCCGUCCGCAAGCGCGGCGCAGACGGCGGACCGAACCGAGGAUCAAAACGCCGCGAUAGUCGGGGACGAGUGCGUGCAUGCGUGCGUGCGUGUGUGCGUGCAUGUGUGUAUACGAUUCAACAAACGGGGUCCUUCCGUCCCUCCUACGUUCAGCUGUUCGCGCGGAGUUCCGUCCAUCCGUUCCUACUUCUCUCUCUCGAUCUCCUCUUCCUCUCAUCGCAUAGAGAUAUUUAUCUUGUUUGUUUUCCCUCUCGCCUUCCCCUCCGGCCAUCACGAAACUCUCCGCGUGACAACUCUUCCUUCCCGUGUCAUUCUCGAAAACGUGAUCGACACGCAAAAAAAUGGACGCACUACGAGAGCAGGUGAUGAUCAAUCAGUUUGUGCUGGCCGCGGGCUGUGCCAGGGAACAGGCGAAGCAGUUGCUGCAAGCGGCGCACUGGCAAUUCGAGUUUCAGGAUAAAUCAUGCAGUGGAUUUCUAUACUCCCUUGUGUUCAGCAUCACACCGCUCUCAGUAUUUUCUUCCAAGAGGCGGCGAUACCCUCCUGUGCGCAAGGAGCCGGCACCCACUUCGGCCAAAUAACACCAUGCAACACACCUGCCACUCCGCCGAAUUUCCCGGACGCGUUGCUGGCAUUUUCCAAAAUGUCUGCAGGUGAAAAAACUCCAUCGGGAAUGUCUCCGAGUCAGAAUGGAUUUCAGACAAAUUCGACACCGAUGGCGAGUAUCGUGCAUCACACCGCUGGUGGUCGGUGUAGCGCAUCCGGCAACACGACACAGCAGCAAACGCAAUCCCAACAGACGCAAUUUGGCCUGGGCGAGCCGCAGAGAUAAAAAUGACUGUGCUAAUUGGCGAUGCGCGAGCACGAAACGUCACGUAGAUGCGCGCGAUAAUGUUUUUGGAGAACAAAAUAGUGCGCUCUAAGCAUAAAGAGAGAGAGAGAGGGGAGGGGGGUGAAAAAAUAUAUACAGAAAAGAGAAGAUUCGGUCUUCUGAAAGAAAAUGUGUCCUUCCUAGAAUGAGGAAAAUUUGCGAGCAAGAUUCUAGCAGCUACAUAUGGAUAUCUUCUGCGGAUUGAAACUGGAUCGCUAUGUUAUUCACGGACAACGAGCAUGCACAUUGUGUUACGUGCGUACGCGCGAAUACGUUUUUUAAUUUUCCCGACGAUGCCCGAGAGAGUGUGAUGCGGUAUUUCAAUACGCUAGAUUUCCUUUUUGGCUUUCUCGGGAGAUCUAACAUAGAACGGCACGGUUAAGUAGUCCGCUGUAUACAUAUAACAUGUAUAUGAUCGGUAUGAAAUGCGAGUGAGGGAGAAUUGAUGAAAAUCAUAUUGAAGAGUUUUUUUUUCUUUUUAUCUGACACGUUGGGACCAUCUUGUGUAGAUCCAAAAUGGUCGAGGACAUCGAUAAUCUAAAAUGCUCGCACUGUGACUCUUUCACUCUAAUCUAACUUCCUUAUCUCCCUAUAGACGCUGUAGACACGUGACCGUUUCUCAGAUUCACUUGUACAUCACCGUUAGACUAGGCGAAUGAAUUUUCCGCUAUCACUUCCACAUCACAAGUACAAAAGAGUUGCGAGGUACAAUUUCCUCGGUUAUUAUUUGAAAACUUACUUUACCGCACCUUUUCGCGCAAAGGCAACGGGAGAAUAUACGUAUCUUUAAUAUAGAUGGAAGACGACAUCGUUACUGCAUGAUGACUCCGCAAAUGUUCAUUUAAUCGUGAAACUCGUGUUUUAUUACGAUCCUUUCGCUGUUCUCUUAAAAUAGUGAUGCUUACGGUACGUGUAUAUUCGCGCGACGCGUGCCGUUUCCAUACACAUAAGCGAUAUUUCGAUGGUAUAAAUAUACGAGGCUAAGUAUAUAUAAUAAACGAAACUCUAACGUGUAAAAAUUUGUAAAAAGAGUUAUCCCGAGUUAUGUAACGUUCGUUUUACGUAAUAAUUAUGUAAAAAGUAAGUAAAAUAAAAAAUCAAGGAAGAUCUCGCGAGUGAUAAGAGUGAUAAUAGUCAGAAGGAUUGAUAUAGGAAACAAUAUAUGUGCCCGGUGAAUAUGAGCAGUGAAUUCUUGAUUCGAUUAUUUCAGCUACUCGAGCAAAUGUACUGGAGAUAUAUAUAUACCUGGUUUUACGCAGCACCGGACUUUACGAUGUUCACAAAAGAAUGCUCUUGUAUGGCAGCUGGCAAUACGCGAUUCCGAUAUAGUAUAUCAAUAUCCGAAUAUAUGAAACUCUGUAUCUUUCAUUACAUUUCUCGUAACAUACAUGGACGAUUAUUCUUACUAUAGAUACAUACUUGUUUUUAUUAAGACUAUUUAUUCGAUGUAGCAAGCAAGAAUUUAGUUCUUCACUGCUUUUUAGAAGCCUGUCUCUAGUUUGAAGUUUCCGUUCCUUCGCUGCAACCUAAUUGAAUUAUGACAUCGGAGGUGAGAAAUCGUACAUGAUUUUUUUUUCCUACAUAAUUAUUACGAAAAAGUUUAUUAUGAGUUAUAUUACUAUUAGUUUGUUAACGUUAAAUUAUGCAAUAUGGAUUUUUUUUAUAAAAAAUGAAUAGCAUUUAAUUUUCAAAUAGAGAGAAAAAUCUUCAAUAUAUUUUAUAGCAAACGUAUGUGUGGAAGAACUAAUCUAUUUCUAUAUAUAAUGUAGGAAAAAUACUCGCACAAUUCCUUGUCGUUGAUAUCGUAAUUCAAUAUGGUACGGAAAUAGAAUUCUUAAACAUAAAACAAUUAACAGAAUUCUUUAUUCUUUAUAUUCUUGAUAUAUCUAACAACAAAAUAUCUUUAUGAAUACAAUAUGACGUGUAUUCAAUCCUUUAUUUGUAGUCAUAAUAAUAGUCUCGAUCAUAAUAAAAAUUUAUAGUCCAGCUUAACUUGAUAAUUUAACUCUCAUGCAAUAGUGUCCAGGCGUCGUAUAACUUUGUUAAUGAAUUUAUGUAAAUAAUAAUAGAUAUUUAGUCAUAAGAAAAAAAGUACUUUGCGAAGUACGAAAUAUUUUUUCCAAUAAGGUACACGCUUUAAUAUCUUCCUUAUGUUCUAAGCUAUAUUUAAAGAUAUGGUAUAAAAUUGUCGACGAGAAAAGAACGAGAAUGUUUUACUAUGUUGAAAUUAUGAUUAUUAUUGUUUAUUUGACUAUUAUAAAGACAAAUAAUGGUCAUGUACAUAAUUUUGAAAAUUAAAUAAAAUAUUGAUAAUGG